AUGGACCCUAUAAAAAAACAAGCACUAAAUGAAACUAAGACACGUAAAUACAAGGAAAUGGACCCUAUAAAAAAACAAGCACUAAAUGAAACUAAGACACGUAAAUACAAGGAAAUGGACCCUAUUGAAAAGCAAGCACUAAAUGAAACUAAGACGCGUAAAUACAAGGAAAUGGACCCACAAAAAAAGCAAGCACUAAAUGAGACUAAGACACGUAAAUACAAGGAAAUGGACCCUGUCGAAAAGCAAGGACUUCUUGAAAAUCUAAAACUUAAGUACAAGGAAAUGAACCCUGUAAAAAAGCAGUCUCUUUGUGAGAAUGAUGUACAUAGAUACAAGUCUAUGGAUCCUUUGGACAAAAAGAUUUUACUUGAAAAACGAGCAAUGAAUUAUCAAUCAAUGGGUGCAACUGAAAAAGAAGCUUAUCGUGAGAAAUGUAGAACAAACGCGAAACGUAGGUAUCAUCAAACGAAUUCACCUCAAAAUGCAAAGAAACAACAUGAUUUGCACUAUUAUAUAUCUAUGUUUCAUACGAGAAUAAAGGAAGGUCCUUAUUAUGUGUGUUCAGUUUGUAACCGUCUGUUGUAUAGAAAGUCAGUUAAAUUGUUAGAAAGGAAAAAAUACGAUUCUGUUCCAAACUCUGUAUUCACCAUCGUAACUUCGUUUGACGGCAAAGAAUAUAUUUGCAUAACUUGUCACUCAAAGAUAAUUAAGGGACGAAUUCCCUGUCAGGCAGUUUACAAUGAUAUGUUUGUUGAUGAAAUUCCAGUAGAACUUGCACUUCUAGAAAAACUGGAACAAAUUCUAAUUGCGCAAAGAAUUGUGUUUGAAAAGAUAAUUGUAAUGCCAAAAGGGCAACAGAAAAAAGUUUCGGGAGCAAUUUGUAAUGUACCAGUUGACUGUGAUCAGACAUGUAAUGUUUUACCACGACCACCUGAAAUGUCUGGUAUAAUAAUGCUCAAGCUUAAACGCAAACUUGAAUUUAGAGGUCAUGUAUAUUUUCAAGCAGUUCGUCCCCAACAAGUUCUAAAUGCAUUGAAUUGGCUAAAACAAAAUAACCCAUUGUAUUACAAUAUUAGAACUGAUAUGAAUAAUAUCAGUGCAAAUCUUCAAAACUUAGAACAAGAUGAUACUUUAGCAGAAACGUCAGAAUCAGCAGAUACGUCUUCUGUAAUAUUACAACCAAAUGAAACUGACAAUAUGGAAGAAAAUGAUGAUCCACUAAAUAAAUAUCGACGAGCAACAAAUGAAUCAUGUUUACAGUCAGUACUACCAGACUAUCCUGUUACUAUACAACAAAGUGGUUCACUGGGUAAUGAAAUAUAUGAUAUUGCUCCUGGAGAAAAUAGACACCCUGUAUCAAUAAUGACCGACAAGAAAUCAGAACAACUUGCAUUCCCGGUAUUAUUUCCAAAAGGACGCUUUGGGUAUAUGGAAGAGAGAAAGAUUAAAUUAUCUCCUGUGAAGUACUUCAAUGCGCGUCUUCUGCAUUACAGUGGGAGAUUUGCUACAAAUUCAGAAUAUCUAUUCUUUGCACAAUUUGUAACUGAACAAAAGAAAGUCGCUGAUAGCAUUAACAUUGCUUUAAAAAAGAUCCAAGGCCAGCCUGUGACUGCAUCCCAGAUAAAGUCAGAUGUUAACAAAUUGAAAAGCCUAGUUUGUCAAGAUCAAGCAUACUUAUUUUUGAGGCAAAUUCCUGGUACACCACCCUACUGGCAAAAGUUUAUGUAUGAAGUAGUCGCAAUGGUAAAACAACUUGGUAUCCCAACAUGGUUUAUGACGUUAUCAUGUGCUGACCUGAGAUGGCCUGAGUUGUUUCAAAUAGUUGCUAGAACACAAGGAAAAGAUAUAACUGAAGAAGAAGUUGAGGCUUUAUCGUAUGUGGAAAGGUGUGAAAUGUUAAAUGCUAAUCCUGUUGUUGUUGCAAAACACUUUCAACACCGAGUAGAAACAUUUUUUAGUGAAGUCCUUCUUAGUCAUUGUAACCCAAUAGGCAAAAUAACUUACUAUGCUCUUCGAAUUGAGUUUCAAAUGAGAGGAUCUCCCCACUUACAUGCAUUAGUAUGGACUUCUGAUUGUCCAAAACUUACUUCUGAGAGCAAGGAUGCCUAUGUAGCAUUUAUUGAUGAACAUGUGCAAGCUAACCUUCCUAAUAAACAAGAUGAACUAGAGUUGCACGAGUUAGUCAAAACGUAUCAAAAACAUAACCAUUCAAAAACCUGCAGAAAGUACAAAAACGUUCAUUGUCGUUUUAAUUUUGGACAGUUCUUCACCAAACGAACAAUUAUAGCUGAGCCUCUUGAUGAGAAUAUGGAUGAGGAAGCCAAGUGCACUAUACUUAAUAGACGAAAAGAAAUCCUAACAUUAGUCAAAAACAAAAUUGAUGAAGUCUUGAAUCCAUCGUCAAAAGAAAACUAUAUUGCAACUGCUACCGAAAAAGAUAUAUUAGAUUCAAUUGGUAUAGCUGAAGGUGAAUAUUAUUGGGCUCUCUCGAUUUCACCAGAUUCUGAUUUCGACUUACAUCUUAAACGACCAGUAGAUAGUUGUUUUAUUAACAAUUAUUUUGUCGCUGGGAUUAAGGGAUUUGCGGCAAAUGUCGACCUACAACCAGUUUUUAAUCAUUACAAAUGCAUAACAUAUGUAUGCUCAUAUUUUACAAAGGAUGAAACUGAAUGUUCUCAGGCUAUACUUAACGCUGCAAAGGAAGCUAAAUCAUCUAACAUGAACAUCAGAGACGGUUUAAAAAAAAUUGGUGCUGCUUUUCUUUCUACAAGAGAGGUUAGUUCACAAGAAUGUGUAUAUAGAUGUAUGCCUGAACUGUGGUUGAGAAAAAUAUUCCCAAAGACUGUUUUUGUCGGUACAGAUUUACCAGAGAAAAGAGUCCGAAUGACUAAAACUCCAAGUGAGCUUGAUGAACUUGAUGACGAGAGCACAGAUAUUUACAAAUCCAACAUAAUUGAGCGUUAUAGCCUAAGACCAAAAGGAAUUCCUGUUGUUGAUAGAUUAUGUUUAGCACAAUUUGCUGCAUUCUAUUAUAAGGAUUAUAGGACAGAGAAUGUUGAAACGAAGGAUUCUCAACCUGAUGUUUUAAAUGAUGACUUGCUUGAAUCACAUCACUCGAAGGAAGAUACAGAACAAUCUCUUCCACCCAAAAUUAAAUUAAUGAACAGAAAUGAAACUAUGAGGUGUAGGAAGGUUCAAGCUAUUAUAAGAUAUCAUACACCAAAUAAAAGAAAAGAACCAGAGUUAUAUUUCCAUCAUUUGCUUAUGCUCUAUUGUGGAAAAAAAAAAGUUUUGUUUGAACCUGAUGCUGAUGCUAUAACUGAUGCACUAGAAGCAAUGAGAAAUAAUCCUGACAAAACAAUCCAUUCCUAUGAUACCAUAAAUGAUCAGGAAAAUUCAGAUCUCCAAGACGAACUACCAAAUGAUACAAAUCCUAACGAGUCAUUGAAUGAACAACGACCUGAUCAUCUUCACCUUACACAAUCAAAUCAGUCUUCUGCUACAAUUACUUACCACAAUCAACCAUCAGAAAUUUCCGAUGAUCAACUGCGCCAAUCAGUUAGAUCCUUGAAUGCAGAACAAAGGUGUGCAUAUGAUAUAGUUCUGUCUUGGUGCAGAAAACUAAUAAAAAACAUGAACAGUUUAAAACCUGUUGAAAUAAAACCUAUAUACCUCUUCCUUACUGGAGGUGGUGGCGCUGGCAAAAGUCACUUGAUCAAAACAAUAUACCAUACGGCAGUUAAAACGUUUAGACAUCCUCCGUUUAACCCUGAAUUACCAACGGUUCUAUUAAUGGCACCUACAGGUGUUGCAGCUAUAAAUAUUGAUGGAACAACCUUAAAUACAGGACUUGCUAUUCCUAAAGAAACAGGUGAUAACCUUUCGGCAAUGUCUGACCAGAGAAAAACACAGUAUAGACUCUCUUUAAAAGACGUAAAACUUAUAAUUAUAGACGAAAUUUCUAUGGUGAUCUGUAUCAGUUACCUCCAAUAA